CUCAAAUAUCCAAAAGCACAGAGAGGACAAUCCCCCGCUACCUCUCUCACCGGUUCUAUCGUGACCACCAAACCAUGCCUCACCGUCGCACGUGGCAUUCAUCACCACCGUUGAUCAGCCCUCCACUUCUCAUCAUUCUCUUGCCUAUUGUCGCCUUAACGCUCCUUUACCUCUCGGUGCCGCCGAUUCUCUCCGCCGCCUCCAAUGUUCUCCGAUCAACCCCCGUCAAGAAGAGCUGGGACUCCCUCAACAUUCUCCUCGUCGUUUUGGCCAUUCUGUGCGGCGUUUUCGCCAGACGAAACGACGACGAAUCGUCUCCGCGCGCCGCUGACGAAGACGCCGUUCCGGAUCAAAAUGCUGCGUACCGUAAAAUAUCGUCGGAAGAAGGAGCGGAAGGGUGGUUCGGGUUCUCCAAGGAGAGGAAGCAGUCACCGGCAACCGGAUUGAGAAGGAGCAGUAGCUCUUAUCCAGAUCUGCGCCAUUGGGAUACCGGCGACGACCGCUACAAGUUUCGUUUCUUUGAUGACUACGAAAUCGACAAGCAGUUUCGCUCGCCGGCGAGGGACCAUUUUCACGCCGUGGACCACCGCAAACAGUGGCCUGCAGCUGAAGAAGAAGAACAACAACAACAAGAAGAAGUUGGUGUUAAGGAAAUUCCGGUGGAUACCUUCGAAAUCCGUUCUUCGCCGCCGGAACCGCCGCUGAAGUCACCUGCGCCUCCUCCUCCUCCACCACCGCCACCUCCUCCGCCGCCGGAUUCCGCUCGUCGCGAACCAAGACAGACUCAUCAAAAAGUGGAAAGUGGUAGUGAGAUAACUGAGCUUGAUGAUCGUGAGUUCACUAGGAUUCAGUCUCCGCCGCCGGCUCCUCCGUCGACGCCACCUCCGCCAACGCCGUCGGUGAAGAUACGAUCGGAGCAUAAGCACGGAAAGAGUGAGCGAAAGAAGAGUAACGUGAAGAGGGAGAUAGAAAUGGUUUGGGCUUCAGUACUCUCCAAGCAAAGAAAGAGAAAGAAGAAGCAGAGGACAAAGCGUGAUCACCAUCAAGAUUAUGAUAAUGUUGAUGAAUUAACAAAUAACACGACAGCACCACGCCCACCGCCGCCGCCACCCCCACCGCCGCCACCAUCGGUCUUUCACAGUUUAUUCAGAAAGGGUCUCGGCAAGAACAAGAAAAUCCAUUCAGUGGCGCCCACGCCGCCACCUCCACCUCCAUUGACAUCAUCAAGGAGAUGGUCAAAGCGUAAGAGCCAGAGCCAGAUCCCACAGCCACAAGCUCCUCCACCGCCGGAACCCCCUCGCCGGAGGAACCCCGGGAAGCCGCCACUGCCCAAUAAAACGGGCAACUCUAACGAUGAGACAAUAAACACCGGCAACCAGUCGCCUAUGAUUCCGGUUCCGCCGCCGCCUCCGCCGUUCAAGAUGGCGGCGAUGAAGUUCGUAGUUCGUGGGGAUUUUGUUAAUAUACGUAGCAACCAGAGCUCGCGGUGUGGCUCGCCAGAACGGGAGGACAUUAAUGUGUCAGAAACCACCACCCCCACUUCAACCUCCACGGCAACAACCACCAACACCGUUAUGGAUUGUAACGGUAACGGUAACGGUAACGGCAAAGUGGGUGUGGCCGUUUUCUGUCCCAGCCCCGAUGUGAAUGUGAAGGCUGCAAAUUUCAUUGCUCGGCGCAGGGGAGAGUGGAUGCUGGAAAAGCUCAAUUCCUUGAGGGAGAAAGGCAAUGGCUCAUUGCAUCAUCCUGUGUGAUGUGAGAGGUUACAACUAGUAAAAACACUGAAAAAAUUUGGGCUCUAAUUUUGGCUUUUUGAUUCAGUUAUUAGAGCCUUGUGAGGAAAAAUAAUAUGAUUCAGAGUCUUCGAUUUUGGUUUGUUUUCCCAUACUUUGAUGAUUGAUUGAUGUCAUUUUGUUGUGUUCUUAAAGAUGCAUUAGAAUUUAUGCAUAACAGAUUUGUAU